UCAUAUAUGCAUUUGACGUUCGUUUCAAACCCCUGUAUUUAACGUUAAGGUCAUUUUGUAAGAUUUUUUUAGAUAUAAAAUGCGGCGUGGUUCGAGAAAAAAUAAAUCUUCAUGGAGAAAAAACGUUGAUGUAUCGGAUGUUGAACAAUUUUUGCGUGAACAAAGAGAAGACGAAUCUAUGGGAGAUGGAGCAACAUUGGAUUCUGAAUUAUUCGUGAUGGAUGAUUUACGUAGAAAUCAUAAUUUGAAACUAUCCCGGAAGGAAAAGUUUCAAGCUAGUCCUAAAUUCUGCUUAUCUUUGAGAAGUGCUCACCAUGUUGCGGAACCGGAAGCCAAACUUAACAUUAGAAAACUUGUUCCUAGUAGCAAACGUCCCAAAGUAACUCAAAAGAUAAAAGAAUCGACAAAAACUCAUGCCACGGAUAUUUGGGAAAAUAACAUAGCGAUAGAAGAUGCACCCAAAUUGUUAAACAAUGCUAUUAUGCAGCAUAAGGGCGCAAGCACAGGAAAGCAACGGCUAAGCAUAAAGCAGACGGCCGUAUGUAACGUCGAGGUUCCAGAAGCCGGUGCAAGUUAUAAUCCCGCCCUUGAUGAUUACAACGAACUAAAGAUGUCAGUAGUAAAGAAGGAAAGAGAAGUAAAUAAGCAUAAAGAACAUUAUGAUCGAGUAAUCACGAACAAAUUCACGAAGAUGUCUAAACAAGAUCGCGAUAAUAUGAUCUGGAAUGAAAUGGCCGAAGGUCUUUUGGAAAAUGAAGACAACAAGGACAAUGAGUAUGAUGAAGAUUAUAAUGCGAUAAAUCCAGCUGUUGCAAAUAAAAAGAAAGAUCGGAAGGCUAAAAACAAAAUACGAAGAGCCAUACAUAAACGUAACGCUGAUGCCAUAAUAAAAGCAGAAUUAAAGAAGUGCACGGAUAUCGAAAGGAUAACUACAUUCACAUCUGAUCUCGAUAACCGUGAAGCGAAAAUAAUGAAGAAGCAAGAGAAUCGAGCAAAACGAUUGAAAGAAAAAUUGUUAAAGCCGCCUCGUGUUUCUUAUUUAAAGUUUGAAGAAUCGGAAGCUGAUUUUGCUGAGCCUACAGAACUUACAGGUACACUAAGGAAAAUCGCUCCAAAUAAAAGCCUUAUUGUUGAUCGUUUUAAAAGUUAUCAAAAGCGAGCUUUGAUAGCUCCUAAGAAGCACCGUGACGGUAUACUACGUGGAAACAAAUCAUAUAAAAAAUGUUGGAAACGAUAUACUAAAAGUGGUCACAAGGACAAUAAUUCAAUCGAAAUAAAAUAA